AUGGCAAGCCAACUCUCCGACCUCCCAGACGAGGUCCUUCUCCAGAUUUUGCACUACCUUCCCAAAAGUGUCAAGCACCCCAAUCCCCAAGCCGACUUACUGAAUGCGCUCUCGACGUGCAAGCAACUGGCGCCACUUGCCCGAGAGGUUCUCUUUUGCGCACCAAUACUGUACUCAAGUAAGGUCGACCACUUCCUCGCUUCACUCUUCCAGUACCCAGACCUGCGACACAAGAUCCGCAGCCUGACUAUCGAAACGAAAAUCCGUGGGAUGUGCAUAGGACCGAACACUAUCCCAGCACUCGAGCCUUCGUUACUAGCCAAAGCCAUAAGCCACAUCAGCACAUUAGCCAUCGAUCCUCUGACGAAACAGCAUUUCACCGACUCCCUGCACGCCGGAAACGAAUACGACGGGCCCAGCAUCCUCCUCAGCCUCGUCAUGACUAUGCUACCCAAUCUACAGGAACUGUAUCUCGGGGGCUCGGUACUGUACAACUUCCCUUUUCUCCAACCCCUGCUCUACCAUAGCAGCCUCUUUCCAGCCCACACGCCUGAUCUAGGGCCUCUCCUCCCUCUCUUCAGCCACAAACUCACCGUACUCGAAUUGCCCAACGACUUCCGCACGUCGCCUUCCGGCAGAUCUGACUAUCGAGGCUCUGUGUAUGGUAUCCCGAAGUACUUUCCCGCGUUGCGCACGCUCGUGCUGCCGAGUGAUAACGUGGUAUAUGCGUACUACAAAGAAGUCGUGCCGUCAAAACUCGAACGGCUUAUCUUGACCGACUGUCUCGGUAGAGAGGCAGAAAGGUGGGUGAAGCACGUAGCCAGGGCAAAGACAACGCUGUUUCCCAACCUGGCAAAAGUGAGCUUGUAUCACUGCUACCCUGGAAAUGCCGCUAAAAUGGCGUCGCGGGAGUUUAUGAAAGAGAUGGGUAUAUUGUCAGUCUACCAGUAUAUUCCCGACUUUUAUGACUGGACUACUCAUGAGUAUUUCCAUCCUUGGCUGUAUAGUGGUGACGAGCUUGAUCUUUCGGCGGCGACCAUGGAUGAGAAAGAGCGUAAGUGGAAUAAGGUUGAAAGGGAUGAGAAGAAGAAGCGAGAGGCUAGGAAAAUUGCAUGGGGCGGAGUUACAGGUGGGCGGAACCACACGAAAUCGUAG